AGUGUUUUGGCCAUGGCGGAGGUAGCGACAGUUGGCCCAGUUGGGGAGGGCGGAGAUGGGGACACCUCAGUUCUCCACCAACUCAAGGUCACAGUUGAUAAGCUGUACGAGUUCAGGGACCAUUACUUCGAGCAACAUGGCAUUGACCAAGCAGCACAGAAGGCUGAGGAUGUGAAAGCAGAGGUGUCAAAGGCCAUCAAGCUGCUUGAUGAGUUACAAGAGAUAUGCCCUAACAAGGCACAGGUUUACAUGCAGAGAGGCCGCGCCCUGAAUGUCACCUCAGAUUUUGACCCGGAAGCUCUUGACAUGCUCUCCAAGGCAGUUAAGUUAGAUCCCUCCCUUGUGGAAGCAUGGAACAACCUUGGUGAGUGCUACUGGAAGAAAGGAGAUGUGGAGGCUGCCAAAAACUGUUUCUCUGGAGCUCUUACCAAGUCCAGGAACAAAGUGUCGCUGAGGAAUCUGUCCAUGGUCUUACGUCAGCUUGGUACAGACCCUGUAGAUCGACUCAAGAACAUCCAGGAGAGUGUGACUGUAGCCAAGGAAGCUGUACAACUGGAUGUCAAUGAUGGCACUUCAUGGUUUGUUCUCGGCAACGCCUACCUGUCUGUGUACUUCUCUGGUGACCAAAAUCUACAGAUUCUCAAACAAUGUAUGAGUGCAUACAACCAAGCGGAGGGCGAUGUUGUGGCCAAAAGCAAUCCAGACCUGCACUUCAACAAAGCAACAGUGUUAAGGUAUGAAGAACAGUUUCAGCUGGCCUUGAUGCACUGGGACCAAGCUUCAGCACUGGACCCCACGUGGGACCAGCCUAGCAUGAAGCAGACACAGCUUCUCACUUACCUGUCCAAGGUGGCGGACAUGGUGCACCACAAGGGGAAAUUGAAAGCCAAAAGACUCCAGUCCAUGCUGAAGUCUCUGUCAGAGAAGGACCUGGGGCCAUAUGGAGGCGGAUCAUUUGAAAGCUCAACAGGGAAGAAAGUUCCAUUGGAAUCGACAACUUUGGCAAAUUUGGCUACUGGACUGAAUAAGAAUAAACUGGUGUUGGGCAAAGUGGUUUGCAGUGUCACAACAGAGGAAACCAUUCCUUUCACCUUUGCUUUGACCGACAAGGAAGGCACCUGCUUUGCAGUAACGUUGUACAACGUGGCACCUAAUUAUGGAACAAUUGUUGGGGACUCGGUGGCCAUUCCAGAGCCUUUCUUGCAACAUGUAGACUUUCAGCACAAGGACAAGAAGUUCCAGUUCAGCUUGAUCCGUGUGGAGACUCCGCUGGUCCUUGUGGUCAACAGCAGGAAGCUAGGACUGGACAAACAAGCACCAACUGUCCUGGCUUGUACAACAAUGAGUGAAUAGGCCAACUGUUGUAGUUGGUAUUUUGUGUACAUUCUGAUCAAAAUAGAUUAUCUGAUACUCCUUUAAGGACUGCUGCCUUGUUGUUAAGUCUUAUGUGGGUUUGUAUACACAUAUUCUUCCCGUUAAAUCCAAUAUCCUAAUUUAAUAAAACUGAUUCGACAAUGUGUAGGAUUUUUUCAAAGAGUGAGAGACACAACUUGCUGUGCUACUAAGGAUAUGAGAUUUACGGCAACAUGGAAAAUCAGUUGCAUUUAGGUAGGCACUUGUGUGUGAUUGGAGCACAUAUGAUAAGGAAGUUAUUGAGUCUGCUGUUCUAUUUGUUCGGUGGACACCCUUCAAUAGUAUGGAGCUGAGCAUCUGGAGUUUUUGUACAUAGUUUGUAUGUUUCAUAUGAUCUUCAGAUACUGGUGGCCUUUAUAUCCCUUAUUAGAUGUGUGCUGAAGAGGGCAUAAUAGACCAACCCUGGCUGUCUAUCACAAUGACUUGAAUCAAGAAACAGUGAAAACUGACUGUUGGAAAAAAAAAAAAAUGUAGUUUAUUUGUUUUCAUCUAAAGUUGAUUGAUGUGAUACAGAGACAUUUUCACACAAACUGAAGCUUUAUGCUAAUAAAUUGUUUUGUAUAUCAUAAUACAACCUGUUGUUCAACUGUAUUGCUAAGUACACAAAAGAUGAAUUUGCACCGUCUUGCACACAACAAUCAUUGUACAUUGUACAAGACUGUUGGAACCUUUUGAUUGUUGCCUGUUUGAAGUUUCUGUAUAAAAUCUACAAUAAACACAAGAUUGUUUCAUACUA